CAGUGUUCGAGCACCGCGUCAUCAUAAUCAUUCAUAAUAAUCAUUCAUUCAACUAUUUACUUCAUUCAAUUUGUAUCGCAUUGUAACAUUCAUUCAUUUUGUAUAACUUCACUCAAAACCAUUCAAAAUUCGCUCUCUUACCUUUUGGAUCUCAUACAGAACACAUCUACUUAUCCGAAAUAUUGUAACGCGGCUCUUACUGUGAACCAGAAUACACCAUCAUAAAAAUACAGUCCACUCUCUCAUUACUGGAACCCCAGGACUCCCUCGAUAGGACACUAGGAAUACUAGGAUACCACAUCAGCAGGGCACUGGGUCCCGAACAUGGUCCUUCUUCACAACCAGUAACCGCCGUGUCAUCAACUUCCACGUGCCACGUGAGAGACUUCGUCAAGGACACCUCCAGGACACCUGCAAGUACCAUCUUGCCGAGGACACCUCCAGGAUACCUGCGAAGACGUCGCGUGCAGCAUUCUACGUGAUAUUUCGACGAAUUUCGGCCGAGAACUUUGGGCUGCAAGAUCAACCUCGUGGCGAAACAACCCAGAGGACAUCUCCAAAGUCAUCUCCAUCCAUCUAGGCAGCCUAGGUCACCUACGAAGUCAUCACACUGCGGCAUACAUCUACAAAGUCGCCGCGUGAACUUUGGACCCCGGCCGGCCGCGCCACGUCACGCGCCUAACCAACCUGCCUACGGAGCCGAAACGAUACUGUGAGUCCGUUCCAAUUCCUAUACCUAUCCUAUUUAUAUCAAACCUUAUUAAUCAUUUUCAAAAUAGCCCCUAUUUGUCUAGGCUGGAUUGUCUCAUUCAUAUGCCCAGUAUAGUUUGUCACCUACUGGCUACUUAAUUAAUUACGCAUAUAAUAUCUAGGUACCUAAUUGAGAUAGCAGCUAACUUGCAUAACACGCAAGCAUAAUUCAUAUAAAGUUAGCGUAGGUCUAUUCUAUGGGCCAGGUAGCCGGGCGGCCGACAUAAUCAAGUUUCUUAUCUAUCCCAUAUCCCCCCGCGCCCCGCAAACCGCAUUCCACUGUAUUAAUUUUGCUUACGCUGGACGUGUCGUGCGAAUUGCUGUGCAUAAUUUAAUAUUUACAAAUUAACUUACGUGCAACCUAAUUAUUAAAGCUCAUAAAGUACAUUUUUUAACUGCUCAGUGGCAAAACGUGUUUAGAAGUGCUUUGCUUUUAGUGUUCUUCUGCUAUUAUAUAAUAUCUCUUAACUAUUAACAAUGAAUACGGAAAAGGAGCUUAUUAAGAAGCGUGGCGGUGUUAAAGCAAAAUUGACACAGUUUAGCACCUAUCUAAAUAUAGCUAAAAGCAGUGAUAAGCUAAGUAAGUUGCAAGCUAACGAGUUAAAGUGCCGUUUAGAAAAAAUCGAAGACUUAUAUUCCGUCUUCGACAAAUUACAGUUGGAGCUCGAGGACCUAGCGGACGACGCCGAGGAGCGAUACAACGAGCGGAGCCAGCUCGAGGGCCAGUACUACGAGCUGGUGUCGCAGGCGCGCACCCUGCUGGAGGGCCAGCUCGACCCUGCGCACAACCAGGUCACAGAUGCCAACAUAAAGCUGCUGCCAAGAUACCAGCGGGUUGAGCAGAUACGACAACAUUUUUGGAACCGGUUCUCUAACGAGUACUUGUCUUUGCUACAGCAGAAAACCAAAUGGCACCGGUCUUCUCCAGAGCAAUUGAUGGAAGGGACGCUGGUCCUAGUAAAGGACAGAACGAUGCCACCACUACUCUGGCCACUGGGACGCAUCAUCAAGGUCCACCCGGGCACUGAUGGCAUCACAAGGGUCGUCGACGUCCUCACCAAGAAGGGCACCAUACAGCGAGCCUACAACAACAUCUGCCCGCUGCCAACUUCUUGAACACAGCGUUCAACCCGGGGAGCAUGUUCGAGCACCGCGUCAUCAUAAUCAUUCAUAAUAAUCAUUCAUUCAACUAUUUACUUCAUUCAAUUUGUAUCGCAUUGUAACAUUCAUUCAUUUUGUAUAACUUCACUCAAAACCAUUCAAAAUUCGCUCUCUUACCUUUUGGAUCUCAUACAGAACACAUCUACUUAUCCGAAAUAUUGUAACGCGGCUCUUACUGUGAACCAGAAUACACCAUCAUAAAAAUACA